AUGGAGAUCAAGGAUAUGAAGGAACUCAAAUGGCCUACCAGAAUGAGGUCACCACCCGAAUCCAGGGACAUGAACACGUACUGUGAGUUCCAUCGGGAUCAUGGGCAUACCACGGAAAACUGUAAGGCCCUGCAACGGGAAAUUGAAGCCCUUAUUAAAAGAGGACUCCUGAGUUCCUACGUCGAUAAUGACAAAUGCCCGAGGAAUGAUUGUGGUAAGGAAAGAGCCCCUGAAGCAAAAAGGGAUGGUCAACCCACUGCUGGUACCAUCAAUAUCAUCAUUGGGGGUAUUGCCUCGGGAGGAGACUCGAACAGUGGAAGAAAACAAUAUGCCCGACAAUAUACCUUGGCCUCUGGGAUGCCUCAUGGAAAGCUGGAGGAUAUUACUUUUGGAACCAGGGACUUGGAAGGUGUAUCACUUCCACAUGAUGAUGCCUUGGUCAUCUCAGUGAUUGUGGCCAAUUUUGAAGUAAAGAGAAUCUUGGUUGACAACGGGAGUGCGGCCAAUAUACUUUCACAAGAGGCUUUUGCCAAAAUGGAAAUCUCAGCUCAGUAG